CCCUCUUGGUUGGGUAACCUCUGCCAGACAGGAAAAAAAAAGGAAACACCUUGAUACUUGAGAAGGGUGGUGCCUCGUAUCUCAAGAAGUUCAGGCUACAUACCUUAAGGAAUCGAAAGUGUGGCAAUGGGGGACGUGGCCAAAGGGAAAAAGGUGUUUGUAUUAAAAUGUGCCCAGUGUCACACUGUGGACGAAGGUGGAAAACACAAAGUGGGUCCAAACCUGUGGGGUCUGUUUGGCAGGAAGACAGGACAGGCGCCGGGCUAUUCUUACACACAAGCAAAUAUCGACAAAGGGAUUAUUUGGAGUGAAGAGACUUUGAUGGUCUACCUUGAAAACCCAAAGAAGUAUAUUCCCGGAACCAAGAUGAUCUUUGCCGGUCUGAGAAAGAAGAGAGAGCGGCUGGAUAUCAUAGCAUAUUUAAAGGAGGCCACCUCACCCAAAUAGACACGCAAAAGUUGUGUGUGUUUUACGAUUAAUAGCUACUUAAGCACGUUUAUUUUUAUUGUUUUAUUGCUUAAAGUCUUGUUUUGUACUUCUUUGUUGCACUUUUUGAUGCUACACUUCCUGAUUGUUUAAUUUAUUUGUAUUCAGUCAUUUUUUUACACACAGGAACUUGAAAACAACUUUGAUCAAUAUUUUUAUUUUAAGCAGUUCCACACUUGUGGUUUGUUUGUUCAAGAUGAAAAAAAUUAGAGGGGGAUUGCAAUAAUUUGGUUGUGUUAAAUCAACUAAUUGUGUUAAACAACUUGAUAUAAAAAUGUUAAAUUCUUUAAACUGAAAUUGCUACACGUAUAAAACGAAUGACCAGUAUAACUUCCUCAUGCCUGAAUUUACAUUUAACAAAUAUGCAUAAAGUGGGAAUACAUAAGACCCUAAAAUUAUUCAUUAAAAAAAAAAAAAAAAAAAAAAGGUAAAUACAGAAAAUUAAAUUUUAAAAUGCCACAAAAAAAUUGAAAAUCAUGAAAUUAAAAAAUAUUUCAAAUAAUAGCUAAUAUCAAAAAUAAAAUAUAUAUAGUUUAAAAAUGAAAGAGUUAAAUUAUUUUUAUUUACUUAUGUAUUUUGAUGUAUUUUUGUUAAAAGUAAAUUCAGGCAUCAAGAAGUUAAUGUCUUAUUCAAAUGUGCCAAAAAUAACAAGCAAUGUAAUAAAA